AUGUCUAAGAAAAUAUCAUUUGAAAAAGAAUCAAGCCAAGAGAGUAUCUUCUCAAGUAGUGACUUACAUGACAUAUGGGAAGAUAUUACCUCUACAGUUGGGUACCUUGAUCCAUACGUUGUGGCCACUACAAAGUCUGUGCAGGGCGGAAAUGAUGUAUCUAGUCCGAUCUCAAAACAAAAGAAAUAUACAGAUGAGCAGCUCAGAUACAAAAAGAAGAUUCAAGAGAACAGGAUGCUUCAAAAGCAAGUUCAGCAAGCAGAAGCUAUGGUUAAAGAAGAGAAACAGAAGAGAACUGUACUUGAAGACAAACUGAAUCAUAUCAGAGAAUAUGCAGAAAGAGACCGUAUAGAGAUGGAGAAUAGGAUCAGAGAAGAAACUCAUACAGGUUUUCAUCGCAAAAUGCAACGGAUAGAUCAGGUUUAUAAAAACGAGCUUGAGCAUCUUAGGAAGUCUGUUCAGACAGCUAAUUUGGAGUCUACUUCAAAAGACGAUAUUGUUAACAAAUUAGUAGGCCUGAUUUGCUACCAAGAUAUGAUAAUGACCAAUUUUCAAAUAAAGAUAAAGAAGGAUAUACAUAAUAACUUCUCUUUGAGUGAUUUUUACCAGCCAUCUUUUGAAAAGCCAAGCUCAAAUCCUAUAAUCAUUCCUGUUCCUAAGAAAAGGCUGACACUGAUACAGAAGGAGAAUAAGAUGUUGAAGCUACAUGUCAGCCAACUCGAGUCUGAACUGACGAUCAUGAAAGGGGAAUGUGAAAGCAUUAUUGAAAAAUGGAAGAAAUGCCUCCUAAAAAUAAACUCUCUUGAGCGAGAGAAUAAAAGUGCUAUUGAAUCAUAUGAAGCUAAGAUAAAUGUACUCGAGAGAGACUACGUUUUAAAAAUUAGAAAGUUUGAGAAAGAAAUAGAGAUGUUAAAAUCUGAUUCAAAUACAUAUAAAUAAGCACACCUCUUAUGAAUUUAAUCUGAAUAAGUUGAUCAGUCAACGCCAAGAUGAUUAUCAAGAAAUUUUGAAAAAGGAAUUAACAAUGGCCUAAAACCAUAAUCAAAGACCCCAAGCUCCUCAAAGACAUCUCUACUAAGCUAAACUUCAACCGAGUCGAGCUGUACCCCUUCAAAGACUACACUAAGAACCUAAAAUCCCUCAAACUCCACUCAAACUUUCAAACCCGUAAGAAAAAGUCAGAAAAAUUCUACCAAAGCUUCACUUUCACUGGAGACAACAUGCUUCGCUCAAACAGAACCCACUUCCAAUCCAAGAGCAGCCACAGGCAAUACCAAGCUCAUAGCUUGAACCCCUCACCUAGGACAGCUGCUGCUUCUCCCUUCACAAGCAUGGGGCAGCGCAAGGUGAAGGCCUUUAAGCCAAACACAAGGUUUGGCCGAAGGGCCCUCUCGACUAGUC